AUGGCUGCCAAUAAGGCAAUCAAAUUUACGUACAAUAACAGUGUAGUGAACUGGAUGCGUAAAUUUGCCUGGAAUCACCUUUGGGGAGGUCGUGAGUAUGGAUUGCAGUUCCACGAUACAUAUUUUGAGCCUGCACCCGAAGUUACUGAAGCUCUGAGGCGUCUCAACUUGAAAGAACCUCAUCUUUUCGAUCAAAGAAAGAUGCGCCUCUCACAUGCCCACACCUUAGCGCUUCACGGCGAAAGGCUACCAAAGGAGAAGUGGACUCAAUGGGAACAGGAGACAUGGUACUUGAAGCCGUAUUUGGACGAAAUCGAAGCCGAGAAGAAAGCCAGAGCAGAGACCACUGGAUUGAUUCCUCCUUUUGAAAUGAAACAAAAUGAAGGACAUUAA